ACGGGCUAUCCGCCAACGUGCCGGUCGCUGCACAUCCGCUAUCUCGACAUCUCAACUGUCAUCGCCACCACUGGUCGCGUCAGACGUCGCCUGCCUGCCCUUACCGCCCUCCACCUCCGCGAUUGCAAUCUCCGCUCGCUCGACCAGCUCGUUGCGCUUGCGCCGUUUGCGCUGCGGCAUUUAGCGGUUGGCGAUAGCGAGCCCGUCGCGGGCAUUUCGUUUUGGAAACUUUACGCAAUCAAUCGCCUCACGGGGCUGAAAUCCCUAAAUGGCGAAACAAUUGGGCUGGCGGAACGAUCCAAGGCAGAGCGCGCAUUUGCCGCUCUCAACACAUUCUGCAGACAGAUUCCCACACCUGUUGCCCUUUCAUCACCGCGGUUUCCAGUAGCCAUCGAUCAACAAGACAUUGAGCGCUUUGGUGAUCGGUUUCAAGCACAUGUGCGCAUGCUCGCUGCGACAGCAACAGCACACACGUCAUCAUCAUCAUCAGCAGCAGCAGCAGCAACAACGGCGUCAACCAGUGGUGGUGGCCGCCGCGCGCUGAGCAGACAGCAAUCAUCAGCGUCAACAACAGGCGGCACCGCAAUAGCCAGCCUUGCUGCCAUUGGCCAGCGCACCUCUGGGUAUGCUGCAACGCCGUCGUCUUUGCUUGCAGGCACAACGUCCAGCCACGCCCACUCUGGUGGUUCCGUGUCGUCCAUAUCGUCAUCAACAGCAGCAACAACAGGCGUGCUUGCGAGCGGUGGGACGAGUGGUGGCAGCAGUGGUAGCGGUGGUGGUGGUGGUGGCAACGGGGUGCUGAGUGCAAGCGUCAUGCGAGCCCUGCGUGAUGUGCAGCGUGGUGUUCGCACGAGUGUCAAGGCUGUUGUUAACCAGGCAGUUGAUGAUUGCCAAUUAGAGGCCAGGAUUCGACGCGAAUUCCAGCAGCAGCGGCAGCAGCAGAUGCGGCAGUCGUCAUCAUCAUCAUCAUCGCUGUCGUCGUAGCUUCCAAGUGUGUGUGUGUGUGUGUCUGUGUAUCUGUAUGUCUGUGUGUCUGCGUGUCUUGUGUGGUG